AUGGCUCGUGUGCUGCAGCAUCUACAAAGCCAAGUCGAAAACGACUUGUUGCACUGCAGGAUCGCACGCCGCUGCCUCCACUUUGGACCAGCCGCCUCCGCCAUGUACGCCGCGCCGCUCUCUAGUCGUUUGGCUGGUGGCAUCGAACGGUGUUGCAUCGUCUUCCAAAACCGACGAACACGAUGGUUGUCGGUUGAGAAUCAUGUCGACUCGACCCUGGUCGUCUACCGCUUUGAACGUCGAGCGGACAAACUUAGUCACGCUGUCGAUCGCGCGGAAAUGGUGUCCCUCUGUGAGACCACGGCCGAGCUGGAAAGAGCUGCGGUCGACCUGGAGCUCGAUGAUCGCGGCACUUGCCCUGAACACCAGCUCACGCAAGAGUUGGAAGCGAUCAUGCUCAAGAAACCUUGGCGCACGAUGGUGAAGGCCGACGAGUGCUCCAUCUCAGUGCGCAUGCACAGACGCGACUGGCCGCCAUCCACUGAUUGCGGACCGGCAGUUGGAGAACAUCGAGAGCGAACGAUCACGACGGGGCUCAUGGAGGCCACGAACGCUCGCUUCAGUGUGCGCCAUGUCAGCCAUGGCCUGGCUACUGGCGACUACCACGUGGAAAGCUAUGAACCACAUCCAUGCCCGUAUCGGUCGUCGUCUUCGUCAUCUCUGCAUCAAGUUAUCAUCAAGUUGAUGUACGUGAUCACAAACAAUCCAAAACGCACGCGCGGCUUCACAACUGUCGACCAUGGAGAUCGAUACCGACGCAAUGUUUUUCCGAGUUUCGUUCCAAGCAUUAGACAAAGGCCCGACCAGAGUCGUGUCGAGUGGGAUCGUGAAGCGGCGUGUCCUGAGAUGGCCGAAGAAGAGUUUCACGCGACAUUUCACGGCUUUAGCUCGUUGAUGGAGGGGUUUCUGGGAGCGGCACAAGACUGA